AUGCGACGGCGAUGGUCGCGUUCGUCCAAAGUGGCGUCCCUUUUGCGCCAUCGUGAUCAAAGCUCCUUCCGUCGCCACCCUAUUCUUCCCCUCGCACCUCCCCUCUCCUCACCUCAUUUCCCUCCUCUCCCCUUCCCUCUUCGUUCCGCCGCAUACUCUCAUAGCCUUGCGUCCCCUACGUCCCAUAGGCUCUCUGUAUCCUUCUCUCCUUUCCGCCCCUCCGUGUGGGCUCCCCCUCUCCAACAUUCACUGCUGUCCCGCUCCCGUGCCACGGCGAUCGCCAUCAAGGUCGAGUCCGGGCCUGGCUCCUCGUGUGAGGGGUGUAGCAAACUUUCUCUCCUUCCAUCCCCCCUUUCCAUCCUCCCCCCCCCACUCUCCCCCUCUCGCCCCUCCUCCCCACCCAGGCGAGUGGCGAUCUGGCGGCACUUGCGCGUGUUUUACGCACAUGUGGCAAUGAGUGCGCAGCUCAUAUCGGCGCCCUCAGGCCAGGCCAGGCCCCAUCGCGAGGCCCCCUCUCCCUCUACCCCACACUCUUGCUUCCUCACCCGGGCUCCCCCUCACUCUUUGCACGCUGCUCUCUUCUUCCCACCCAAUUUCUUCCAAUCAUGGUCUUACCCCUACUUCCUCCCUUCUUACCCCCUCGUCCUCUCCUCUCUCCUGCAUUGGUGCAUGUGUCCUGUUUUACUUCUAUUCUAUGCUCUCAUCUCACCUUUCCAUUCUCCCCUCCCUCCGUUCUUUUUAACUCUAUCCCCUUCCACCUCCUCCCCCUUCUCUGUUUGUUGUGCGCUGACUUCUUCUGCCACACCUGGUUCCAUGAGUCGACGUCACACCCUGCCACCCACGCUUCCCCUCGUCGCCGUCGCCGUCCCCCACGCUUCCCCCCACCAUCGCCCUCGCUUCCUCCCGCUGUCGCUCACACUUUACUCCGUCGUUGACCACGCUCCCCCUCCCGUCGCUUUCGCUUCCUCCCACCGUCGCCCUCGCUUCCUCCCACCGUCGCCCUUGCUUCCUCCCACCGUCGCCUUCGCUUCCUCCAACCGUCGCUUUCGCUUCCUCCCACCGUCGCCCUCGCUUCCUCCCACCGUCGCCCUCGCUUCCUCCCACCGUCGCCCUCGCUUCCUCCCACCGUCGCCCUCGCUUCCUCCCACCGUCGCCCUCGCUUCCUCCCACCGUCGCCCUCGCUUCCUCCCACCGUCGCCCUCGCUUCCUCCCACCGUCGCCCUCGCUUCCUCCCACCGUCGCCCUCGCUUCCUCCCACCGUCGCCCUCGCUUCCUCCCACCCUCCCCUACACUCCGCCGUCCGCUCAUCCUCCCUUCGUCUCACCCUCCUUUUUUCUCAUCCUCCCAUCCUCCCUCUCUUCCCUCCCCCCUCCCUUCCUCCUGUCCUCCCUUCCUCCCUUCCUUUCUUCCUCUCUUCCACCCUCUGCCCUACUCUCUGCUUCAGUGUCUUUCUCCCCUCUCUUUCCCCUUUCCUCCCUCCCUUCAUCUCAUCCUCUCUUCCGCCCUUCCUCCUUGUCUCCCUUGCUCAUUUCUCCCUCCUCAUAUUCCCUGUUCCCUGCGUCCCUCGCUGCCAUCCUCUCUUCCUCUCAGCCUCCUCACUUCCUCUCCACGUCCCCAGCACCGCCAGCACUCGCAGAUGCGGGCACAUGGGGUCCCUUGCGCGCCGAGUCAGAGGAGGCACCUUGCGCAGAGGGGCGUCGCGAGGAGCAGCGCUGUGACGCUGGUGCCAGGGAGGCUGCCAGACCCACCGGGCUGCGCAGGGCGGACGCACCAGCAGCACCAGCAGCAGCACUGCCUCCGGCACCUGUGCCUGCAGCUGGAGAAACGGGAGCAGCGGCGGCAGCAGGAGCAGCAGGCGCAGCAGUGAGAGUGAGUGCAGGAGGCGGGGGCGAGGCGCCAAUGGUGAAGGCAGGAGAGGGCGGGGAGAAGGUGGAUUGA